CUCACGACCCGUACGUCAAGACGCCUUGUUUACCGCUCGGAACUUUAACCGAUUUCAACCAAAUGUAAAACAAAUAUAUCAUUAUUAUUAGUUCCAACAAACUACGCGGAUUAUUUAGCUUAUUUAAUAGAUCCCUCACGGGAUUGUACAUUUCUGUUCAAAUAAAAAAUUGUAAAAGCCGCCCGAAACAACGAGCGGCCUAGCGCCGGGGAGUGCGUACCGCGUGGUGCUAGCAGCCCCCUGCCGGACGGGGCGCCUCUCAGCCCGGCGAGGUCGAGUCCGUGCGGGGAUCAAAACAAGUGGGAACUCGAGCCGCGCGCGCGCGAGGAAGCGAGCUAGCGAGCUGUAUACUAUUUAAAUCUCGGCGCGAGGCAUCUUUUGUGUAAUUUUAGUUUUUAUUAAGGUGUCUGCGUGUCUAUUUAGUGUUUUGCUUUGUUAUCAAACGGGUGGCGGUUUCUCUGCCCACGAUAUUUCAAGACGCCAUUCACCCCCUUGGUGGGUGUUGAAGCUGAUAAUUGGCAACGUUAAUUGGAAGAAAAUUACUCCACCCUCUCCCUCACGCCAAAAAAAUGUUACAUCACCAACACCGUAUUGACCGGCGUGGUAAAGUAUAGUCAACACACAACCCGUUAUAACCGGCAUUGCAUUGGCUUCGGGAGCACGUUCAUGGAACAGUGGAUUGACAAGUACAAUACAAUACACGGCUGCUUCGAUAUAUUCGUCUGUUUUAAUAUCCAAGCGAAGCGAGUAAGUAGCACGUUCGUCCCUUGCCAAUCGAGGCUGUAGUUAAUUUACGACCACGGGUCUGUGAACGUCGCCUGUGUCGGGGAUAGAGUCGACGGGGUUGGUUUGUCGAUGGCGACUCGUGGAGGCCGCUUCGCUCGGGGCAGGGCCCGGGCCCGCUGCUACGAUGGCCCGGAUUUUGCGAGCAUGGACGAGGCUGGAGGAGGAGGAGGCGGCGGCGGCGGUGGUGGUGGAGGCUUCGGGCCGCCGCUGGGAGGCAGAGGUCGCCAUCCCAGCCACCUCAAGGGCCGAGAUAUCGGCCUCUGGUAUUCCCGCAAGUCCGUCGGCAAGGGCAGGGCGCGCGACCGGCGAGACCGCGCUGUGGUGGAGAUGGACGGAGCUCGGGAGCAGCACAUCACUCAGCUGCUACAUGCCGUCAAGAAGGAGGACAGGGAGGAGGCUUGCAGAGAUAUGGAUGCCGUCCAGACUCCUGGCACCAGCUGGAGGGUGCAGCCAAUGGACGGUGAUGCCAGUUUGAAGUCGCUCGCCAAGGUGGAGCCCCCCGACUGGUGGGACCACUCAGAUGGGGAGGAGGAGGGUGAUAGAGGACAGGUCCCUCCGCCCAAUGAAAUCGAGGAGGUGGACGAGAUGGCUGGGCAACCGUUGGAGCGCGAUCACGAACUCGAUGAAAGAUUGCGGCAGGAGUUGCACAAGAAUCGGGAAGGCAACAGGGAAUUUGUAAAGAUGCAGGAGUUCCGAGAGAAGUUGCCUGCUUAUAGAAUGAAACGGGACCUGCUGGCGUUGAUCAACAAUCACCGCGUGGUGGUCAUCAGCGGGGAGACGGGCUGCGGCAAGACGACGCAGGUUCCCCAGUUCAUCCUCGACGACCAGAUCGAGCGCGGCAAGGGCUCGGCGUGCAGGGUGGUGUGCACGCAGCCGCGCCGCAUCAGCGCCAUCUCGGUGGCGGAGCGGGUGGCGGUGGAGCGAGCGGAGAGCUGUGGCAAUGGGAACAGCACGGGCUACCAAAUCAGAUUACAGAGCCGGUUUCCUAGGAAGCAAGGUUCGGUCCUUUACGCCACAACAGGGAUCGUGUUGCAGUGGCUGCAGACAGACCGGCUGCUCCGCGGCACGAGCCACCUGGUGCUGGACGAGGUGCACGAGCGGAGCCUGCAGUCCGACUUCCUGCUCACCAUCGUGCGCGACGUCCUGCCCCACCGGCCUGACCUCAGCGUCAUCGUCAUGAGCGCUACGCUCAACGCGCAGAUGUUUUCCCGAUACUUUGGUGGCUGUCCCAUCAUCCACAUACCCGGGUUCACUUUCCCAGUGCAGGAGUACCUCUUGGAAGAUGUGCUCGAAAUGACCAGGUACUGCCCACUGCAGCGGCCGCAGCAGAGGUCACGCCGGAACCUGUUCAUGCACGGGCGGCAGCGGCGGCAGGCCGAGCAGGAGAUGCAGCAGGAGUACGAGCAGCGCUGGCCCGAAUACCUCGACUCGCUGCACGGGAAGUAUUCCAUGAGCACCGUCCAAGCGCUGGAGAUGAUCGACGAUGAGCUCAUCGACGCAGAUCUCAUCGCGGCACUCAUCCGCCACGUCGUGCUGCACGCGGAGGACGGAGCCAUCCUGGUGUUUCUGCCUGGCUGGGCUGACAUCAGCAAGCUGCACACAACUCUCACCGCAGACCAGAUGUUUAGUGCAGAACAUUUCAUCAUCAUCCCUCUGCACUCUCUCAUGCCUACAAUCAGCCAAACGAAGGUGUUUGAGAGGCCUCCGCCUGGCGUGCGCAAGAUUGUCAUCGCCACGAACAUCGCGGAGACCAGCAUCACGAUCGACGAUGUGGUGCACGUCAUCGACUGCGGCAAGAUCAAGGAGACGCACUUUGACGUCGACAACAACAUCUCCACCAUGAAGCCCGAGUGGGUGAGCCUGGCCAACUCCAAGCAGAGGCGGGGACGUGCUGGCCGAGUUCAAGCCGGAUUCUGCUAUCACUUGUACAAUGGGCUGCGAGCUAAUAUGCUGUCUGACUACCAGCUCCCCGAGAUGCUCCGCACGCCACUGGAGGAACUCUGCUUGCAGAUUAAGAUUUUGAAGCUGGGUAGGAUCGAGGAUUUCAUGAAACGGACGAUGCAACCCCCUUCAGAGCAAGCCGUGCUGCUGGCCAUCACCAACCUCAUCGGCCUGAAUGCGUUGAGCCGCGCGGAAGAGCUCACCGCGCUGGGAUUCCACCUGGCGCGGCUGCCCGUGGAGCCGCACAUCGGGAAGCUCAUCCUCUUCGGGGCCAUGUUCAGCUGCCUUGACCCGGUGCUGGGCAUCGCCGCCUGCCUCGGAUUCAAGGAUCCGUUUGUCAUCCCUUUGGGAAAGGAGAAGCUCGCGGAUGCCAAACGGCGGGAGCUCUCCCAAAACUGCAAGAGCGACCACUUGACCAUUGUGUACGCCCUGCAGCGCUGGGAGCAGGGACGGCGGGGUCACGGCCGGUCGGUCAACGACUUCUGCUGGGAGUACUUCCUCUCCCAGAACACACUGCAGAUGUUGCACAACAUGAAGGACCAGUUUGCGGAGCACCUACAGGCGGCCGGCUUUGUGGACAACAGCAAUCCCCGCGACCCCAAGGCCAACCUGCACUCAGGCAACGAGAAGCUGGUGAAGGCGGUCAUCUGCGCAGGCCUUUACCCUAAGGUGGCCAAGAUCCGGCCCAGCUUCAGUAAGAAGAGGAGAGGGGUGAAGGUGUACACGAAGCCCGACGGCAAGGUCUCCAUCCACCCCAAGUCGGUGAAUGCCGAGGAGUCGGACUUCCGGCACCAGUGGCUCGUCUACCACCUCAAGCUCAAGACCACCAACAUCUUCUUGUACGACUGCACGGAGGUGUCGCCUUACUCGCUGCUCUUCUUCGGCGGAGAGAUCAGCAUGCAGCGCGACCAGGACCAAGACACCAUCUCGGUAGACGAGUGGAUCGUGUUUCGCUCGCCCUUCCGCAUCGCCUCCCUCGUCAAGGACUUGAGAAAACAGCUGGACUCGCUGCUGGAGCAGAAGAUCACGCGGCCGAGCCCCGUGGAGUGGCAGCGCGAAUCGUCCGAAUCGGCGCUCCUCAAGGCCAUCAUCGACCUCAUCACCACGGAGGAGGGCGGGGGUGGGGGUGGGGGCGGUGGUGGAGGAGGGUUCGGGGGUGGAGGAGGGUUCGGGGGCGGGGGAGGGUUUGGGGGCCCGUCCCAUCGCGCCUACUAGCCCGCCCGCUCACCCCGCUCACCCCGCUCACCCCGCUCACCCCGCUCACCCUGCCCGCCCUGCUCGCCUCGCUCAUCUCGCUGUCUCACCCACGCACCCUCACACCGUCGGGCAGCAGCGCCGCCACACAACCCAGCAAAUAAACACAGCCCCACCCUGCCCCGAGCGUAACCUCUGCAUGAAACCUGACAGCCCCAAGCCAGGGGCCAGAGUACUAAAUGUGUUCCCGAUAUUGUAGCGAUGUUAUAAGUUCGGUAUGCGAUUUAAAAAAAACAUUAAAUGAGCAUUGCGAUAAUGGGCGUUCGUAAAAGUUACAAGAAGUUUUACGAGUGGCCAGGAGCAUUCUACAGUGGAUCGUAACCAAAAAUGGAUAACGUUAAUGUCAUAAACGUCAAUAGGUUCUUGUCUUUGUGCCAGGCGAUUGGCUGGUGCAGUGGAAGUGAUGAUGCUUUGCCUAGCAACGGCUGUUACGCGAAUGAGAGUUACGAUUUCUCGACGAUCUACUUUCUCCUACGACAUUCAUGAUCGUACUACAAUCGUAGCCUGCCGCAUAUACAACAAAUCUUAAGAGCAUUUCCAUACCUGUAUGUUGAACUUAUUUCCCACCGUACGUAGCUAACCGUUCUAAUCAGAGGUGCGGGGGAAGGACAACAAACGAAACGCACAAAGAAGUUCUAAAGAAAUAAGUUUUCAAUUUUGAUGUAAAAGUGCGUAGCUCCAGUGUCUUCCUACUUUCAGAAGCAAGUGCGUUCCAGACAACUGCAGAAGCGCAUCUGGAAGCGCGCGAUGCGGUGGCCGUUUUUGUUGGAAGGUUAGCAAAAGCCGCAGCAAGGUGACCAUAGUUCCGUGUGAUGGUUUAUGCACCUUGAGAUCAGCACGGUGUGCAAUGUGUCUGUAGUGAGUGUGACCUUAUAAGUAAUGCGUGUGACCUCUUGUACUCUGGCCCCCAGAUUUUGCUACAAUUACGGCGACUCCCAGAGAUCAGCCACGUAUCCCCAUGACCACUCCACAGUGUGUUGCCUUAAUUUGCGACACAACUAAUGCGCGCCUUCACACUUCUACUGAUAAUCUCGAGUAGAGAUAUCUGCUGUUCUGUAAGUUUACUUGUUGGCUGUUUGUGUUCAAUGCAAGGGUUAAAGUUACAGACACACCCACACUGCUCUGUUGAAGUACACUGUAAGCGUCACCUGGCGCAGUUCUAACGAUCACCCAAUUUUUCCACUUGCCACACCCGAGCCACCCCAGCUCGGUGCCAUCACGAUACGACAGGCCGGUUUUUUCCUCCACUGGCCGGUUUAUCCGUGCCGAGCCGGCAACCAAACCGUGACGCGCUGCCGGCCUCGCAUCUGAAUGUGGCUCGCGUGCCGAGCAGGGCCCCCCGGGGUGGAGCUCAUGGGGCGCGUUGAGAGCGCGCAGCUGGAACGCGUCGCCGCGUCCUCCACGCGUCUCGCCUCGUUCGUCGCGUUUGGCGGCGGCGGCGGCGGCGCGGCUUGUGCGGUGGGAAAAACAACCUGGUCCACGCGGGGCUGGCUCGCCGUUGGCCCGGCUUGACCCGGUCACGCAGUGGGAAAGAGGGAGUAUCGGUGAGAGGAAGAAUAGAGCUGAAACAGGUUGAUCUGGCACUGAGCCCACGUUCACACCUCUGCAGUCGUGCAGAAUCCCGAUAAACCGUUGCAUUACAAGCUUUGAAUUGUAAACUCAAAGCAAGGCUUUGUAUAUUGUUAUAAAUAAACUUGCUUUCAGACCAGUGUUUAAUGCA